AUAUGUAUAAAUAAAUAGUCCGGUAGUGCAAAUGAACAUGUAGCAAAAACAAUAUAGCAGCAUUUAAAGUUAAGGAAUAUCCAGCCAUGGUCAGUGUUCUACUCAUAUGAAGUAGCUACAUUCAACCAACAGAUUUCCUCUUUAAGAGCGAGUAGUUCAUGUGUGCAAGAAGACUAUUUUCCACUUUGGUGGACAAGACAGUUCAGGUCUUCUCCAUUUUAUUCUACUCUAAUGGUCUAUGACUUAGAAUAGACACUAUUGCUGUUUCAGUGUGUGUCGGGCUUCCAUGUAUUAAAUAAGCAGGCAGUGGAGAUGACAUUAUGCACGAAACAAACAUUAGUUUACAAUACAUGUCUUAUUAUACUGCGCUCCAAGGACUGUUUUCAGUCUGGUAGGUUACAGCUUGUUUGCACUUCUUAAAAGUAAAGCUCGGUCAAAUGCUUUUAUUUUGUAAGAUGUGGCCGGAAGUAUCUUUUUUUUUUCAUUAUGGCUGACUUCUCAGUAGUGGACAGAGCUGCAAACCAGUUGAAAUCCCCCCUCUACCGGAGCAGAGGGCGACAGGGUCCAGCCCUGCAGUCCAUCUCAAACAUGGCGGGCUGUAGAAGCGACGUGAUGUGUUCAUGGUCCGGGUCCGCAUUUGCCACCGAGUCCCCAUCUGUAGAGGCGCCCGUGUCCGAGGAGCAGAAACCGAGGAAGAGGAGGAGAGCUUUCUGCCUGGCCAGGAUGAAGUCCCGCAACAGCUCCGGCGAACAGCUCCAGCCUCAGCCCGCCGCGAACAACAACAUGCCGUUCAUGAUCCACUGCCAGAUCGGCAAAGAGAUCAAACACAUCUGCAGCAACUGCCGGGGGGCCGCGCCGCUGGACGCUGAGGAAGUGGAGAGGUUGGCAGCGAUGCGCUCUGAUUCGCUGGUUCCAGGCACGCACACGCCUCCCAUUCGGCGGCGGAGCAAAUUCGCCACCCUGGGACGCCUGUUUAAACCCUGGAAAUGGAGGAAGAAGAAGAGUGAAAAGUUCAAGCAGACCUCUGCCGUGUUGGAGAGGAAAAUGUCCACUCGCCAGAGCAGAGAAGAGCUCAUCAAGAAGGGAGUGCUGAAGGAGGUUUAUGAGAAAGACGGCUCUUCCCUGGCUGUACGAGAGGAGGUGAAGAUGGAGAAUGGGCGUUCUCCGGUGCUUGGCUCCGGUCUGUCAGAGUCUGAAGGUAGUGAGCUGAUGGAAGGAGCAGCUGCAGCUGUAGGCUCUCUAGAGUUUCAGAUGUCCAGUGAGGGUGCAUGUCAACAGGACCAAAAAUCCAGCCAGGCUCCGCCCACAAAGAAGUCCACUCUGUAUCCGGUUGACGGCGCUGAAUCAACGUUCUCCAGACCUCCUACGCUACACAAACAACCUCCUGCGCUACCACCCAAACCCUUCAGCAGGCUACCUAAUCACAUUACAGACGGUGCCCCGGUGAAGUUGCCGUGUAUGUCGGGGAAGUUAUCUCCUCCUCUACCUCCAAAGAAGCUCAUGAUCUCCGUACCUGCAGGGAGCAUGGAGCCCUCUUCGCUCGCCUUCCAGAAAUGCCCCGCCCCUCCCAGCCAUGCUCUAAUGGGCGGGCACUCCCUACAGUAUGGGACACUACCUGUUCCACUCCACCCCCCCAGCCGAAUCAUAGAGGAGCUCAACAAGACCCUGGCCCUCACCAUGCAGAGGUUUGAGAGUUCCAUGAUGCACGCUGUUCCCACGGUGAUGAUCGAGUGUGACGAUGACAAAGAGAACCUCCCUAACGAGGCGGACUACGAGGACCUGCCUGGUAUGUACAAGGACGAUGAAGAGGAGGAGGAGGAGGAAGAGGAGGAGGAGGAAGAAGAAGAUGACGAGGAAGAUGAGGAGGAAGAUGAGGAUGAUACAUUGUUUACAAGCACACUGGCCAUGAAGGUUUUACGAAAGGACUCUCUGGCCAUCAAGCUGAGUAACCGUCCAUCGAAGAGGGAGCUGGAGGAGAAAAACAUCCUGCCGCUGCAGUCGGACCAAGAGAGACUGGAGUUUCGACAACAAACAGCCACCAAACUGACCAGGCGGUUGAGUCAACGGCCGACAGCAGAGGAACUGGAACAGAGGAACAUACUAAAGCCUCGAAACGAUUUGGAGGAGCAGGAGGAGAAGAGGGAGAUCAAGAGACAUUUGUCCAAAAAGCUCAGCCAGAGGCCCACAGUAGAGGAGCUGAGGGAGGCGAAGAUCCUCAUCCGCUUCAGUGACUAUGUGGAGGUUGCGGAGGCUCAGGACUACGACAGAAGAGCAGACAAGCCAUGGACUCGCCUUACAGCUGCUGAUAAGGCUGCCAUCAGGAAGGAGCUGAAUGAGUUUAAAAGCACAGAGAUGGAGGUGCAUGAGUCGAGCCGUCAUUUUACCAGGUUUCAUCGGCCAUAAAAUGGUUCAGUCAGAUCUCGGCCAUGCUUUUAUACUCCCACACCGAGCCUCAAGUGUUCAGGCUGCUACCUGCUGCCCUCGUACUGCUAACUGCUACCCUUUCCGGUGUCGACUUCAAACUGACAGACUGGACAUGAACACAACCUGUGUGCUGUGGCCAUUACAGGAAACGGGAGCAAACACUUUUAGAAGUACAGAUGGAUUAAACUCUCAACUGGCGUCUCCCAUCAGUGGAGAUUUUACAGACUUCUUGAUAUUCAAAAGCUUUUAAUUGUCUUUUUUUUAUGAUGAAGAGGUGGCGAUUUGUUUACUUUGCAGCACUUUUGUUUUUGAACAAGGCUUUUGGAAGUCAAACACAGAAUCUGUGUCAAUUUUGAGGAUGGGAAUGGUCGGAGGUGAAGAUGGGACUGUAUUUUUCUUUUUUUUUUACACAGGGAUUGUUUUCUUGCCUUUCACCAUGUUCUCACUCUCCUUUCUCAACUGGACUUAAUCUCUCCAUGGGGCGUGCUUGUGUUGGCACAGUUUUAUUUCACAGAUGAGAUCUCAAUGAUCAUUUAUCUCAUUUUGCCAGAGGAAUUAAAAUAUUUACAACAGUUUAUGCUGUUGUAGGCAGCUGAAUCUUAAGCCAAAAUGUCCUAAAAUCCUACUCAAAGUCCCAAAAUGCUCUCUGCAAGCCAGUAACAGUAAAAAUUAAGAUCUCCUAACACAUACACACCAAUCAACUGAGCAAUAAUUUCAGAUUUUCUCCUCAUUUGUCCAUCUGUUUAUGGGCUGCAUUCAAGAGCUCAAAACACUUUCAGACUUCAGAUCCCCAUUUUAAACCAAAGCAACUUGACUUUCUGUGGAAGUUGCGAUCUUGAAUGCAUCCCAGAGUGACUGCUGUUGACAGUUCAGUAACCCACUGUCACUGUGCCUACAGUAUUGUUUACAGGGAUUUAAAACUUGCCAAAUUGUUUCAUUUCAUACAGAAUAUUAUUUGUAGACACAGUGAAAAAUGUUGCAGAACUAUCUGCGGAACUACGAGAAAAUACUUCUUUUUUGUAUUUAAUUUUUUAUUGUCUGAGACGAACCUUUGGCGGUACAAAAUAUGAAAACCCUGCCACCUUACUUUUUGUUGUUUACAGUCCAUAUUAGGUUCAUGAAUUGGCAGUUUUGACCAUAUUAUUGGGAGAACUGGUUGAUCUGUUGUGUGUGUGUUUAUGACUGUGUGUCUGAGUGUGUGUAUGCUUAUGUACAAGCGUUGGUAAUAUUACUGUCUCUUGUACGUUUAAAAAUGUUUUGAGAGAAAAAUAUUCUCAGAAUUAUAAGACUUGUACAUAGCAAAGAAAGUAAGCAAGACUUUUCAAAUGUUUUUUUUGUAAAGCAGAAAAACUGCAUGUGAGUAUUUAUUGUGAGUCUUCUAUGAUGUAUGCAGUUUCUUAAAGAAAGAAACUUAUUAAAAAAUAAGUUUAUG